GGGUUCCUCCUCCCCCAGGAGGGGGGAGGUAUGAGUGGGUCAGCAGCAGCGAUCACCAACAUGGCUCGACUUCUACUUCACGGUGUGGGCUCUCUUCUCCCCAGACUAUCUGCCUCACACCACCUGUAUACCGUCACUCUCCUGCCUCACACUCUCCAUAGACACCUCACCUACGCCGCCACCUUGCUAGCAGAGCGCAAGUAUACCGAGAAGCAUGAAUGGGUUGCAGUUGAAGACAACAUUGGAACUAUUGGUAUUACAAAUUAUGCUCAGGAAUCACUUGGAGAUAUUGUAUAUGCCCAGCUACCAGAGGUAGACGCUGAGUAUGAGCAGAUGGAGGAGUGUGGAGCUCUUGAGAGUGUGAAAGCAGCAAGUGAACUCUACUCUCCUGUUUCUGGUAAAGUGACUGCAGUCAAUACUGCCGUUGAGGACCAGCCAUCACUUAUCAACCAGAGCUGUUAUGAUGAAGGUUGGUUAUUCAAGUUAGAGUUGACUGUUCCAGCUGAAAUAGAUGAACUAAUGGAUGAAGAUGCAUAUAAGAAGUUCUUGAAAGAAAGUGAACAAUAACACAGGCAAGAGUAAGAAAUAUAGAGGCCAGCAAGUGUUGCAAGCUGGUGAAUCCACAUCAAACUAUAUGUUGCUCAUUUGCUCACUUUAUAACCAUACCUCCUCAAUCCUCUGUAGUGCACUAUUCAAGGCUCCAUAACUAGUGCACACUGUUUUGUUUUCAGUUGGGGUGUCCUGUAUUAUUAUGCCUAAUGAUUUGUGCACAACAGAAAUGUGGAGCAGAGGGAAAUAUGAUCAAGAAUUCUCUGUGGAAAUGCUAUCAACUACAACCUUCGUGAUUGUAGACUAUAGAUCUUGACCUUAUUCUGUCUCGUCUCAAGUCUUCGCAAGUGAGUAGUCACUGCAUGAAUAUUCUCAUGGUUUACAUAGGUAUAGUGAAUGUAUUUUAGUUAUUUUAUCCAUUAUAAGUUCACACUGUCUCCAAAUAUAGUAUAAAAUUAUUUGAAUAAAUUAAUUUUGCCAGUUUCAUUAAAACAUACUUUUUCAUUUAAAAAUGCUAAGUAAAGUUGGUAAGAUGCAGGCUGUAAUGUACAAUAUUUAUGAAUCUUUCAUCAUUGAAAGGUUUUCUUUAUUCUGAUAAUGAUAUAACAUACUGAUGGAUUGGAUUGAUGUUAUCCACUAUUUUUAUAAAGAAUGUGAUGGAAGAAUGUUUGUGAAUGGUAGGCCAUUGUCAGCUGUAAAUAAUAGAGUACUGCUUAAAAUUAUGCUGCUCAUGGCCUGGUGGUUCAGUGGGUGGUUGCGCAAUAGCCCUGCAGUACGUAUCUUUAUGGUUAUGAACUUUAUUUCCAUGUGAAGGCAUAUGCACAGAUUCUUGUUCCAAUAUAAUAUUGAUAAAGUGAU